GAUUCUAAUGCAGGCAUUUUGUGUGUUUCAGUGGUUGAAGGAUUAGCUCUGCUGGAUUUAGGGGUCUCGCCAUAUUCUGGAGCUAUUUUCCAUGAGACCCCGCUGAUAAUAUAUCUCUUUCACUUCCUGAUCGAAUACGCCGAAUUGGUGUUCAUGAUAACUGAUGUGCUAACUGCUGUUGCCCUUUACUUGGCCAUCCAGGACUUCAACAAAGUUGUGUUCAAAAAGCAAAAGCUCCUCAUAGAACUGGAUAAAUACGCACCAGAUGUGGCUGAGCUCAUCCAGACGCCCAUGGAAAUGCACUACAUCCCCCUCAAGGUAGCGCUAUUCUACCUGUUAAACCCCUACACUGUGAUGUCUUGUGUGGCAAAGUCCACCUGCGCCAUCAACAACACUGUCAUUGCGUUCUUCAUUUUAGCUACAAUAAAAGGUAGUGCCUUCCUCAGUGCUGUGUUCCUGGCCUUAGCAACGUACCAGUCACUCUACCCGCUCACGUUGUUUGCUCCAGCACUCCUUUACCUUGUACAGCGUCAGUUCAUACCAAUAAAACUGAAAAGUAAAAGCUUCUGGCUCUACACCAUGCAGUAUGCAGCCCUGUACCUGUGCAGCCUGGUGGUGAUCAUCUGCCUCUCCUUCUUCCUCCUCAACUCCUGGGAUUUUAUCCCAUCUGUUUACGGGUUUAUCCUUUCCGUUCCAGAUCUGACACCCAAUAUUGGCCUUUUCUGGUACUUCUUUGCAGAGAUGUUUGAACACUUUAGUCUUUUCUUCGUAUGCGUGUUUCAAAUUAAUGUGUUCUUCUACACCAUUCCUUUGGCAAUAAAGCUCAAGGAACACCCCAUGUUCUUCAUGUUUGUCCAGAUGGCCAUCAUUUCUAUCUUCAAGUCCUAUCCCACUGUGGGAGACAUUGCACUGUACAUGGCCUUCCUUCCAGUCUGGAGCCACCUUUACAGAUUCCUCCGGAACGUCUUCAUCCUGUCCUGUGUGCUGAUUGUCUGCUCCUUCCUGUUCCCUGUUCUGUGGCAUCUGUGGAUUUAUGCAGGAAGUGCCAACUCCAAUUUUUAUUAUGCCAUCACGUUGACUUUCAACGUAGGGCAG